UUAUCAGCGGAUACGAUAGGUCUUUACUUUACCGUCCUAGAAUCAGGUGAUGAAGACAAGAGACUUGUGACAUGUAAAAUAGAAAAUAUAUUUGUGCUUGAAUUCUUUUAAAUGAUACAUAAAAAGCCGAAGAAAAAUGAUGUAUAAUUUGUCAGGCAAACAAAUAAGAUAAUAUGAGACAAUAUUUCAUGAAAGAGAAAAAUUAAUAUUGGCAAAACCUUGGCUUAUAUCUAUCAGCUGGUAUAAAGGUGUAACAAUAUUCAGAUGGGUAAAAGUAUGGACACCUUGUCAGAGGAGAUCGACGAUUUGUUGCUACAUAAAUUGGAAUUAAUGGAAGAGAAGAUUCGUGAAACUGUGCAAAUGGAAACGUUGCUAAAAGAUGGUCACAUCGAGCUGGCUAAAGCGAAAUACAUUCGUGGAAAGGAGAACAUCAGUAUUCUACAGGUUCCAAACAAUGAGGACACAGUGACAUCCUUGUUUGACCUGGAAACUAGUGUAACGAAUGACAAUGACAAUGAUGCUGCGCCAAGUUUUGACAUAAGUUUGAAAAAAUCAAACAAUGAGGCAGAUGGACCGAGAGAUCCUGUAAAAUGGUUUGGUGUCCUGGUUCCACAAAAUUUGAGAAAUAGUCAGAAACGUUUUCAGGCGUCCGUCUAUCUUUCUGCGAAAAUAGCGAAUGUACAAGCAGAACUUAAUUCUGUACUCUCGAAGCUUAAGACAUUACAGAUCCAAAAAGACAAUUUAUGUUCUCCAAAUAGUGUUAAAACAUAAGUCAAUGGACGAAACACUCAAAUUGUACUAUAUAAUUUACAAUUUAAUAUUUAAGAGUAAUACUAUGCUAUGCAAAUCACACAAAUAAAUUUAAUUUAAAAAAUC